AUCAUUAUUUAUUUAAGAUUUUUCUUAUGCCAAGAUAAUUUAUUUUAACUGAAGUUGUGAUUAUAAUUCUAUCCUAUAAAUUUGGUUCAUUAUCCAUGAUUAUUUCUUGAUUGAAAACAAGAUUGAGUUAAUUGUGUGGAGAUACCAUUAAAGUUUGAGCGGCCUACCGCUUGAUGCCUCUUCUUGGCAGCCUCUCGCCUGACACCUCCUCUUGGCAGCCUCCCGCUUGACGGUUCCUUUUGUCAGCCUCCCACUUGACAGCUCCUCUUGGCAGCCUCCCACUUGACGCCUAACGCACUUUCCUGGCAGCCACCUGCUUGACACCUCCUCUUUACAGCCUCCCCCCUUCGCCAUGUACGCACGGCACACAACUCAGCCUCUGCCUCUGUCGGCGUCCGCGCAGCCUAGCAAUCUAAGCCGCCUCAGCAUCGGCGACCAGGUGUUCAUGUGCGUGGCCCACAAGACGCAGCUGAUGAUUGUGUGCGUUACAGACCCCACCGCGUCCCCCAUCAUCGCCUCACCCAGUGUGGGAGGCAAACCAUUACCCAUCACCCAAGCACGGUGGGUGCCGACGCUGAAGCGCCACCUGCUGGUGGUGACGGGACGGGGUGGCGUCGUCUUCUACAGCUGGGACGCCGCGAGCCUCCUGAAGGUGGUGACGCUGGGAGAGGAGGGGAGUUCAGCUGGAGGAGAGGAAGGCCCUGCUGGGGGAGCGGGGAGCACGCUGCUGGCUAGGGGCGUGGCGAGCAUUGACGGACAAGUGGCAGUGGGUACAAGCACCGGCGAGGUGCUGGUGCUGCGUGGUGGCGACGGCCGCAUCCUUCGUCCCGGCGAUGACGAUGACGAGGAGGACGAGGAACUGUCCCACGCCUGCGACGAUGACGUGGGCGUCGAAUCCUUCCGCUUCCGCUGGCGCCCGUACGCCGUGGCGGCGCUCGCAACCUGCGGCGACGGGCGACUCGCCGUGGGCUACGUUAGAGGCCACGUCGCCGUGGGGAGGUGUCGGGGCAACGGCAUCGAGAAACUCUGGGAGGUCGAGUCUUACGGGUCCGCCGUGAGCUGCCUGGCGAGCUCUGAUGGCCUCCUGCUGGCGGGGUUCUUGUCCGGUCACCUCCGCGUCUACCAACUCCAGCCCAAGACUUUCCUGGCGGCCGAGGUAUGCGCCCACGGGCGCGCAGUCACGGGGCUGGACGCUGUGGGGACGGGGGACGAG